AUGAUGCCUGACACACCGGUCAAUGCUGGCCAUGCGUAUGCCAGCCGAGCAGAAGAUCAUGAGGAACGGGAAGAUUGGACAAAGGCUGCCGAGGCCCAUUCCCAAGCUGCUGAGCAAUUCCAAAAAGCCGUUGCCUAUACGCAAGACGCAGUGGCGAGCAAGACGCUGCAGUUGUUGGCACUCGAUCAUUUACGUAAGGCUAAGGAAUUGGAAAGGAAGGUCAUCAAGAUACAAAAAGGUCGUCAAGCUACUCAACAACAUUCACCUUCUGCGACUCAUUCAUCUAUCAACGAGCAUUCUUCUUCGUCUUCGUCGUCUUCCACCAUCAGCAAUUCUUUUGAUAUGGGGAGUUUACGCCAAGCUCUUGCCGGGGAUCGUAAAAGACAUCAUGGUGGGCGAACAACUCAUGGAUCAUCAACGCCUGCCAUUGGAGGAUCCUAUGCUGUGUUGCCAUCGGAUGGCAGGGAUGAGGAUAGUGAUGAAGAUGCUGAUCCAUUCAACAAGUUUUGGGGCGUAGUGGAGCAACUUAUGGACAACUUGUCGAAUCCCGUCGCCUUUACAUCUGCACCGCUCAAUGAAUACGACAAUCCUACCCCUGCAUGGACACAGCAGAAAUCAUCUACUACUACUGCAACAAACAUGGACGAUGAAGAUGAUCAUUUGGCGUCAAAGAUGAUGGAGUCUUAUUUCAUCGUCCCUGAUCCUCAGCAAUAUCAAAAUGGAUCGGAAUCUUCGUCUUCCAAAUCGAAUGACUAUGCAACAGAAAACGAGCAGCUCCGAAAGCGUGUAAACGACUUGACGCAUCAAGUACAGUCGCUUGAAAAGGCGGCCGAAGAACGUAAUGCAUUGAAAAGCAGCAUCAUGCAAUUCAGGAGUGAUGUGAAGAAGCAGGCCAAACGUAUUAUGCAAAGUCAAGAUUAUUCAGCAAUGCGUGCAUCAUCAUCAGCUGCAUUGAUGACUACAAGUACCAAUACCCAUAAUGGAUGCCUUCGACCUUCAGGAGACUUAGUAUCGAGGGUUCGAGAGCUUGAAGAGGAAAAUCGUCAACUCAAGAUCCAAAAUGAGAAGCAGCAGGCACUUAUGAACAAGUAUAGAGAACGAUGGGAGAAAUUGAAAGAAAGUGCAAAGAAACGACGUGCACAACCAGAACAGGAAUCACCAACUUCCAGCAGUGCUUAUACAACAUGUUCCUCGGAUAAUAUGAAGCAACCAACAUUGUUAAGGUCUUUGGCACAGCAAACACCACCUUAUCCACCUUUUGCUGAUUCCACAAGACGCACGCCAUCAUUAGCGGCUGGUAGAGGAUCCCUCGGAAAUUGA